GUUCUCGUGCUGAGCUUUAGAUCUGCUGUUCUGAGUUUUCUUGGAAAACAUUUUUCAUCACUCUUUAGGAGGGAAGAUUAGCACUGAGCUGUCAGUAGAUGUGAGUGUAAUUAAAUCAGGUGCUGAUUAGAGUCAGGCUCUUCCUCUUAAGGCUGUUUUCAGGAGUUUGGGUUAUAUAUACUUGAAGCCGGAGGUUCUGCUGGUAUCUGAGAUCAUGCUGUCUAAACACAGCAGCAGAAGCUCCCUGAGAGCCAGUCUGAACAGCCUGAGGCUGCUGUUCGAGUCCCCGCUGGAGAAGUCGGUGCAGUCGGUGGCGGGCGGGGACGAAACCGAGCGCCGGAGAGCCGAUACCGUCUCUACCGACGGAAGAACCGACGCAACCGAGACACGAGAGGACAUCUCAGCGCUCGAAAGCGAGGACAGCGUCUCUGUGAGCGAGACUCGGGAUGCCGUGUCCAAGUGUUCGAGUCUACCCGACAUCGGAACCCCCAACCCCGCGAGAGAUUUAGAGUCAGAGGCAGAUUUAGAGUCAGAGUCAGACAGAACCGAGAGCAGAAACCAAGACCUUAUCUUAACCCCACCCACCAAGGAACGCUGCGCGUGCGAAUGUUCUGGACCUUUAGGAAUGGAAGGAGGAAUCAUCUCUAAUCAGCAGAUAACGGCCUCCUCCACCCUGCACGCGCUGUUCGGGCUGCAGAAGUGGCACGCGCACCUCGCCCGACUGAACCGUAGAGGACUGAUCAACGCCUGGAGUCCGGCGGAGAGCGACCGCGCGCCCUGGCUUCAGGUGAAUCUGGAGAGGAGGUUGAGGGUGACGGGACUGAUCACUCAGGGGGCCAAACGAAUCGGGAGUCCUGAGUUUGUGAAGUCAUAUAAAGUGGCGUACAGCGACGACGGCAAAACCUGGAGCACAGUUAAACUCAAGAACACGGAGGAGGACAUGAUUUUCACUGGAAACACUGAUAAUAACAGUCCUGCUGAGAGUCACUUCAGUCCUCCAAUAGAGGCUCAGUACAUCCGCAUUUACCCACAAUCCUGCAGGAAGCACUGCACGCUGAGGGCGGAGCUACUCGGCUGUGAGCUCACAGGAUGCUCAGAGCCAAUGGGAAUGAAGACGGGACACAUUCAGGACGAUCAGAUCAGCUCCUCCAGCGUUCAUCAAACUCUCAACAUCAACAUGUUUUCCUGGCAGCCCAGCAAAGCCAGACUGGAUAAACAGGGGAAGGUGAACGCCUGGACCCCCGCCCAGAACGACCAAUCCCAGUGGCUCCAGGUCGACCUGCUGCUUCCCACCAAAGUUACAGGAAUCAUCACGCAGGGAGCGAAAGACUUCGGACACGUUCAGUUCGUCGGAUCCUUUAAACUGGGAUUCAGUAACGACGGAGAGAAAUGGAGCAUUUACCAGGAUGAGUCCCAACAUAGAGACAAGAUCUUUCAGGGUAAUUCUGAUAAUGAAACUCACAGGAAGAAUGUAAUAGAUCCUCCCAUCUACGCUCGGUUCCUCCGGAUCAUUCCGUGGUCGUGGUACGGCCGGAUCACCAUGAGAGCAGAACUGCUGGGCUGUUCUGAGGAGUAAACCGGACGGAACCACUGAGACUGUUUUUACUGUUAAUAAUCACUUAUUAAUAUUAUCAGAUUAUGCUUUCCACAGGCUGCUGUUUGCUGUAUAUGUGUUAAAAUAGAGUUUUCAGAAGAUAAUAAAAUAUUUUAGGGUUAGUUUAAGAGAUUUUUGCUGCUUAAUAACAAAUCCUAAAAACAACAACAACAAAAUACAGUAUGUUAGAGUUCAGAUAUUUUUUGUAGAGAACUAUGAAACACAACUUCUAAUAAAAUAUUCAGUAUUUUUGUCCAAACUUUCACACAAUGUAUAACUGCAAAUAAUACUAAUUAUCAAUUUAAUAUAAUUAAAUAUCAUUCAUUUCAUGUUUUAAACAUUUCAACUCCACAAAUUGCAGUCAUUUUUAUUGCCGUCCUAAAAUAUAGAAUAGAUUUAAUAUUAAACAGUAUUAAAGUUGAGGAGCAGUAGCUGUAGCUAAAUAACAUUUGCUGAACUGAGGAAUAUCUGUGAUAUUUGAUUAUGGAUAUUAUGAGAGUUUCAGUAGCUCAGGUCUAUUAGAUGUUUAAUUAGAGCAGCGCAGAGGAAAUCUGUAAAUUUCCGUUUAAACACAUAUAAAGUUCUUAUUCUUCAUACUUGAUAUUCUGUUUUAAUUUAUUUACUAUUUAUUUACUCUUGAUUUUACAAAGAUAAUGUAUUCAAGCUGAUUAUUGGCUGAAUUUCUGCACUUAUUACUAAUCAAAUCUGAUCUGAUCAUUACAGUUAAUCACAAUUACACACAAAUAACACUAACCAAAUAACACACACACACACAGAAACACACACACUCAAACACACACACACACAGUAUGUAUUAAGUGCAGGCUAGAAAAAGUGGUGAAAGUGACGUCAGCACCAGUACUGAAUUGUGUUUAGAUAUUUCAGUUUUUUAUAAAUGCAGAAUAAAUGUUAUAAAUGCAGAAAUCCUGAUAUUUCCAAAAGAUUUACUUUUUUGUAAUAAACAAGCUUUACUGUCCUGUUCUUUUUUGAGUUUAUUACAAUAAAAAUAAGAACUUUAAGAACUUAAGAGUAAUAUUAUUUUGAGAACAACAAAGAGAACAACACAGAGAACCACCCUGAGAAUUGAGGCUAAACACACAAGACCAGACAAAAGAACCAUGAACAAAAUAUACAAACUCAGACAAAGAACACGUAGGGAAGAUGACGAGAUGUUAUUUUAUUUAAAAACUACGCCGCUCCUCUCUGCCUGUGGCACACAGCUGAGAUUAUUAUACGCUCUGAUGGGAAAAUUCCAGAAGAAGAACAGACUA